CAGGACAUAAAAAGCACUUAAUUGAAACAGUUGAUUAUUUAAUCAACGAAUUAUUCACAUAGAUUUGAAUCUAAUUAAGUAGUCCUGGACGAAGUUCUUGUAUAAAAGCGUGCCAAUAAACAUGUUGGCCAGCAGAAGCAGUUAUCUGAGCACAAGCUAAACACUGACAAUGCCCAAUCCACAAAGAAUGCGACAUGGACUCGGCAGAAUCCGGCUGCUGCUUGAUCUUGUUAUAUUUCUCGCGAUUUGGCAUCAAUGUUGCGCCAUCGAUUUCGGCUAUGAGAAGAUAUGCAGUCCCGACGAUGCUGCAGAACUCGAUAAUUGUGGGCCGGAGGGUCAUCAUGACGUGAUGAUAAACAGCUGUCCCAAAAAAUUCUGCUACCGCCGUCAGGGUGAGAAAUGUGAUCCAGACGAUGACACAAAAGCAUGUGCCCAGCAUCUUACGUGCAGCUGUAACAGAUGCAUGAACUGCGUUCAUGAAACUAACGAAUGUUUCAUGGAUAACUGUCCCAAUUAUUCAAAUUCAAAUUAUAAGAAACGUUUGCCAAACCGUUUGCUGCCUUGGUUUGAUCGUGCACGUUGGUACAGCUUCUUGCAGAAAUUUACCAGACCCAAUUACGAGGAUUAAAUGAAGACUUCUACGAUAAUUGACAAAUACUCUGAUACGUACGCGCUAUACACAUAUUUAGAACAUAUUUAUACGAAUAAAAAAAUGUAGUUAAUAAAUUAAAAUC